AUGGCGCGGGAGAGGCGGGCGAUACGGCGGAUAGAGAGCGCGGCGGCGCGGCAGGUGACCUUCUCCAAGCGGAGGCGCGGGCUGUUCAAGAAGGCCGAGGAGCUCGCCGUGCUCUGCGACGCCGACGUCGCGCUCGUCGUCUUCUCCUCCACCGGCAAGCUCUCCCAGUUCGCCAGCUCCAGUAUGAACGAGAUCAUUGACAAGUAUAGUACUCAUUCAAAGAACCUGGGGAAAUCCGAUCAGCAGCCGGCUAUUGAUUUAAAUUUAGAGCACUGCAAGUAUGACAGUUUGAAUGAACAACUCGCGGAAGCAAGCCUUCGACUUAGACGCAUGAGAGGUGAGGAACUUGACGGACUGAGUGUCGGUGAGUUGCAGCAGAUGGAAAAGAAUCUUGAAACAGGAUUGCAGAGGGUGCUUUGUACAAAGGAUCGGCAAUUCAUGCAACAAAUCAAUGACCUGCAACAAAAGGGAACACAGCUGGCAGAGGAAAAUAUGCGCUUGAAAAACCAAAUGCAUGAGGUGCCAACUGCUAGCAUGGUGGCCGUUGCCGAUGCCUAUGCCGAAAAUGUUGUCCCUGAUGAUGUUCAUUCAUCAGACUCUGUGAUGACGGCAGUACAUUCGGCAAGCUCGCAGGACAAUGACGACGGUUCUGAUAUAUCCCUGAAACUAGCAUUCUUCUUCACUCAACAGGUUACCUUGGAAGUAAGAGCCGUGGGGAGACCAUGA